AUGAUUCAGUCAAACCACUGGGUACGCCGUGCCAGACAGUACGUUUAUCAUCUGGCGUGCUUCGCCUGUGAUUCAUGCCAGAGGCAGCUGUCCACUGGCGAGGAGUUCGCGUUGCAAGACUGCCGUGUUCUGUGUAAACAACAUUACCUGGAACUAUUAGAUGGCGAUACUGGAAAAGGUCACCAUAAACAGAAGACAAAGCGUAUGCGCACCACCUUCACCGAAGACCAAUUGCAAAUACUUCAGGCAAAUUUUCAUAUCGACAGUAAUCCGGAUGGUCAAGAUCUUGAAAGAAUCGCGCAUAUUACUGGCCUCACUAAAAGAGUCACUCAGGUUUGGUUCCAGAAUUCGCGCGCGCGGCAAAAGAAGUAUCAGGGAAUAAAGAUCAAGCAGUCAAUCAGGCUGAAUUCGCAACCAGGACAAUCUUCGUCGCACGACUCGUUCGACGGAGAUUCCAGUCCUGAUCCUCUCAGCGAGUCGUUAACUGCUUCUGUGAACGGCUCUUCUCCAGAAACCUACGUCGAAAUGCGGUGCAUGAUCGAUAGUUCAAAUUCAGAAUGCAAAGCACACAUGCCAUUGGCUUUCAGCUUGACCGAGAGGUCCUGCGAGAAUACGUCGCGAUGA